AUGCCCACCAAGGCUUCCUCGCCGACACUCACCACCACCAGUCCUGAGAACAGCACUUUCGUCUACGACUACGACUACUUGGAUGACGUGACCAUCUUGGUCUGCAGGAAGGAUGCGGUCCUGUCCUUCGGGAGAGUCUUCCUGCCGGUCGUCUACAGCCUCAUCUUUGUGCUGGGCUUGGCUGGGAACCUUCUUCUUCUGGUGGUGCUGCUCCGCUAUGUGCCACGAAGACAGAUGGUUGAGCUGUACCUGCUGAACCUGGCCAUCUCCAACCUCCUAUUUGUGGUGACGAUGCCCUUCUGGGCCAUCUCUGUGGCCUGGCAAUGGGUUUUUGGCAAUUUCUUGUGCAAGGCGGUGAGCAUUCUCUACACUAUUAACUUUUACUGUGGCAUCUUCUUCAUCACUUGCAUGAGCCUGGACAAAUACCUGGAGAUCGUCCAUGCCCAGCCCCUUCAUAGACUGCGGCCCCGGUUCAGGAGCCUGCUCCUCAUCACCAUAGUGUGGACCACAGCCCUAGCUGUCUCUGUCCCAGAAAUGGUCUUUGUACAAGCCCACCAGACCUUAGAUGGCGUGUGGCACUGUUACGCGGAUUUCGGCGGACACGCAACCGUUUGGAAGCUGUACCUGCGCUUCCAGCAGAACCUUCUGGGGUUCCUCCUCCCGCUCUUGGCCAUGAUCUUCUUUUACUCCCGCAUUGGUUGUGUUUUGGUCAGGCUGAGGCCGCCAGGCCAGGGCCGGGCUCUGAGGGUGGCCACAGCCCUGGUGGUAGCCUUCUUCCUGCUAUGGUUCCCAUAUAACCUCACUCUGUUCCUGCACUCGCUCCUGGACCUGCACAUCUUAGGGAACUGCCAGGUCAGCCACUAUCUGGACUACACACUGCAGGUGACAGAGAGCCUGGCCUUCUCACACUGCUGCUUCACUCCCUUCCUCUACGCCUUCUCCAGCCGCCGCUUCCGGCGGUAUCUGAAAGCGUUCCUGGCUGCGGUGCUGAGAUGGCAUCAGGAACCUGACACUGCCCAGGCCCGGCCACCUAGCUAUUCUGAGAGCAGCAGGGCUACUGCCCAAGAAGAUGUGGUCAGCAUGAAUGAGCUUGGAGAGAGGCAGACUGACGACCCCAUAGACAAGGCGGAUACAGGGAAUGAUCAGGCCUGA